GUUUCAGAGCAUACAUGAAACCCUGGUGAAAAUCCAGUGCGGAUUUAGAGCAUUCGUCUCGACCACUCGGGUAUCAGUUUGCCUCCAGCAGCCACUCUAGAACCACAUCCACAUAGCAGUUGUUCAAGUAGUAGUUACAAGAAAAAUCGUUUAUCACGCAGACCGUAAAUUUUUUCCAACACUUAAACACUACAUAAAAAAAUAUAUCAAUUUAUUUUCGAGGUAUUGUUCUCUUUCCUACUGAAAAAUAUUUUCUAAAAAUAUUCUAACAAAAUUACUACCUUUAAAUUGGUCAGCUUGACGGACGGAAAAAAACCUUGGCUUCUUUUUACUACCCCGUCCUCUGACUGAUUUGACAUUGACGCUGGUAUCGGAUCCAUGCAGACGACGUUUAUUUCUCUCAGACUACUGUUUUAGCCGGAAAAAAGGGUGAAAGCAAGAGAAUAGUAGUAUUACUGGAUAUCAUUAUCAUGGCAGAGUAAAGUAAGAGUCAAGUCAAUAAUUCAAUCCACAUCCUUUCCUGGCAAAUGGGAAUAGAAGUGCUGGAAGUGAUACAUACGAUGACACCACCUUGUCAUACAUGAAUAGUCUCUCACCAGCCACACAGACAUUGACCACCCAUCCAUCACCCUAUAAAACUAUGUGAGUGAAAGUGAAGUGCACUCUUCACCUCAAACACCACACACAUACCGACCUCAAAAACACGCGAAUUUACACUCUGCCGAGUCAUCAUCUAUGUAUAUGUCGUCAACAUGAGAUACCACCCCGCACAAAGAAGAUGACAGCAUCCUCCCCGCGACGAUAACCGCACCCUCAACCAUGCCUCCAACUUUUACCACGACCACCACUGAUAAUCCACUCCUCACCGCACAACCCUUCAUCUUUCCAGAGUCUGAGACCGAGCUCAACUUUUCCGCCAUGUUUGACCCUGCCAUGAAUAUCAGCGCGUCCAUGGCGUACCACAAUACCGUAAACAACAUGUCCUCGUCACCCCCUCUGCCCCUUGAAUUCACCGAGAUGACGGCCCGCUCUAGAAACGAGGUCGUCGCGUACUCAAUCCUCUUUGUUGUCGCGGCUACCGGAAAUCUGACCGUGUUUUUUUCCGUGUGCCACCAACUGGCGAAGCUCAAGUGGCGAAUCACCGUUCUCAUGCUGCACCUUUCCAUUGCUGAUCUGAUCGUGACCUUCUUUCUCAUGCCACUCGAGAUCUGUUGGAGGCUGACGAUUCAGUGGAUGGGGGGAGAGCUUUUGUGCAAAGUGUGUCAAUUCCUUAGAGCUUUUGGACUCUAUCUUUCAUCAAAUAUUUUGAUAUGCAUCAGUCUGGAUCGUUUCAUAGCCAUACUGUUUCCUUUGAGGAUGGUGGGAGCUACUAGACGAGUCAAAACAAUGAUUGCCCUUGCCUGGUUGGCAGCUGCAGUAUCAUCUGCACCGCAGUGCGUCGUUUUCAGCUUACAAGUCCAUCCGAAAUAUCCUUCGUUCCGACAAUGCGUGAGCUUUGGCUUUUUAAGCCCAUCACAGGAAAUGGCAUACAAUGUUUUCUCCGUGUCCGCCAUGUACUUUCUCCCCCUGAUUGUGACGGUCUUCACCUACUCGAGUAUCUUAUGGAAGAUUUCGUCAAAGUCGCACAUCCUCAUCAAGCAGACACGGGGUGGGCAAGACCAGCAGCAGAGAAAUGCUCACAAUAAUGAAAGCAUCAACUACAGUACACGCGGUGGGAUGACGUAUUCCACGUAUAAUAAUGCUACAACAACGACGAAUCAUCCCCCUCCGAGCAGUCAGCAACUGUUGAGCAAUUCUUGUAAUAAUUCCUCAGACUCGGCCAAUUUACUGGCACGGGCGAAGAAAAGGACGCUGCGGAUGACGUUUGUAAUCGUCAUUGUAUUUAUCUUCUGCUGGUCGCCGUACUGUGUCAUCACUUUGUGGUACUCAUUCGACAAGGAGGGAGCCAAACGAGUCGACCCUGUCGUACAAGAUGCCCUGUUCAUGAUGGCGGUCGCAAACUCUUGUCUGAAUCCCAUCGUGUACGGAAACUACACGAAAAAGACGGCCGGGUCAAUUUUCAACUGUAAUUGGGCUUGGAGUUUCAAGUUUUGCUGUUGCUGUUGUUGGUGCUGUUGCAAAAAGCACUCAUCCCGAAAUCGGAGAAGGUUAUCCGUGGAGGAUGGCGAGGAACGGACCAAGAAGCCAAGAUCCAGCUCCCUCCUCGCAAUUACGUCUGUCAUUUGACGCUGGAUUCAUCAACUAUUGUCCAUUUUAUUUUGUCGAUUGUUAGACAACACUGACAACUCGACAGACUCUUAUCCCGUUAUUCCCGUUAAUAAGCAACAAGGUGGUGGUGGUGGUAGUGGUCAGAACAAAGCUCACAAUCACAACCGUGGUGGAGGAGGUGGAGGAAAGAACAAAAGGCCGAGUCGAAAGAAACAAGUAAUGAUACAACUACCUCCGAGAAAUCAUCUUCACGAUGAUCACCAAGGUCGUGGUCGUGGUGGUGGGGAAAGAUUGGACUACGGUCGUGACAAUGACCGUCAAUCUCCCACAAUCAAAUCUUGCGGACAAUGCCGAGGCAGACUUAGCCAGGACCUCCAGCAACCACAGCAUCUUAUGGUCCGUUACACAACGACAUCGUCAUCAUCAUCCUCGUCCCAUCAUAAACCAGACGUCCUGUUUCAUACUCGGGGAGGAAAGCAGCCGCAUCGUAACAGCGAUGGAACAAUGGUUGUCGGAGGGCUUCGUCGGAGUCAUUCCCUUUCUCAGUUCCAAAUUCAGAACAAUUCUACCCCGGAUAUAAUUGCGGUGAAUUCAUGUGCUUAAUGUUGUAAUUUGUUAUGUAACCAAACCACCCGUCUCAAUUUCCCCGUCUUGUUCGUAUUAAUAUCAAAGCACAAUCGGAGAGAGAGCUUGUGAUAAGAUAAGGUUUUAACAUAUGUAUUUAACUACUACUACAUAAUCCCUGUAAACUUGCUUCAAUCAAUUAAAUUGAGCUUUAUUUAAUGACCUGAUAAUACCUGAAUAAUAUGCCAAAAUAAGUAAAAAUGUGUGAUGAUUGUAAGUAUGUAGAGGAGAGAGAAAGGUCGUAUUAUUUAUACAUAUUUUAUCGUACCUGUUCUUGUAAAUUGAUCAUGUUUGUCGAUAUUUUGUAAUAAAUGUGAUGAAAUAUUUGGUGUUACAUGGUUUCCGAGUA